AUGGCUUCUUUCCUUACGGACCUCUGGUCCAGCGUCUUCACGCCAGGAGCGACGCCGACCUUACUCGUCGCAACGAACGCGACAUUUGCGGCCCUACAGGUGCUCCUACUAGCCCUUCUUGUUGCAACGUACAGCAUUCACUUUUUGGUUCUCUCCUGCCUAUGCGGCGCGCUGUGGUGGUCGAUAAACUGGUUUGUUGCGGAACUUGAUGUCGCCAAGGCAAAGGAUGCACGGGGCAAACAGGGUUUCGAUCAGUCUGCUGUUACUGGCAAGGAACCCUUGAUCCGACCGCCAGGCGCAAUCGACACUACGGAGAGCGAGACGGAGACCGAAAGCAUAACAGGCGGCGAAGAAGCCCAGUUGUCUAUGGCUGCUGCAACGCCUUUUAGCAGCGCCGCUACGGGCCGCAGACUACCCCCUUCUGCGUCGAAAAGGGAAUCUACACCUGCUGCAUCGAGCCAGCACUCAGUCCAGACUGCGACGGAAGGAAGUCAGGGAGAAGUGAGACGGCGACAUGCUCCUCAUGAUAGUUCGGGUUAUGUGAGUACGGAUAGCGAGUGGGAGAAAGUUGAGGAGGAUCGAUAG